GAUACCAAACGAUGGUGGCCGAAUGGAUGAUGCCGAUCUGCCUGACCUGGAGCGCUGCAACCAGAGCAACUACCUGAGGCAGCGGUAUCGGGCCUGCCGCGCCCCCCAGGUCACCGCACGACCAUCGGAGCCCAUCAACUUCACGUUUAGCCCUUGGGCGGCUCCCCCUUUCGGCCGCUUUUUCGUGGAGCCUCGCGAUCGGGAGGAGCGUCUGGCAGACCUGUGGCCGAGGCGUCAGCACCACCACCGCUUGGAGGUACAUUUCGAGGGAACUGACAGUCCGGGCGCCUGGGCGGCGGAAGAGCAUGGAUGCGCGCUGCUACAACGCAUGCAGAGGUCACGCCUCAACCUUCUAGGGAGGUCAGCGGACACCUUCUGCACCAUGGUGGAUCGCGCACUGGCCUCUGGGCAGUGCGACUAUUCGAUGCUUUGUGAUGCAUGGGGAACAGCGCUGGAGGAACACACCCACCUCUCCACACCCAAAGUUGCAAGACUACUGGCCUGCCAAGUAAAAGCACAAAAACUUCCCUGGCCGCCCUACCCGGAUGAUUGCCAGUGGCUAAAUUUCUCAGCCUGGCAACUGAGUGUUGAAGAGCUGAACCAGGAUACGCUGCGCAGAAGAGUUGCACUCCCCGGCUCGUCCUACGAGAGCGUGUUAAGCAUAAAGAUCCCGGACUUCUUUGAGAGCGUCGCGUCGUUGGAGGAUCUGAGGUCAGCCGGCUUAGCGGCAGCAGCGGCAUUGUGCCAAGAACAGCCAUGGGAUAGGGCAGCGUUUUCUUGGCAGAGAGUUGUCCCUGGUACGAUCACGCGCGGUCGCGAGGAAGGGGUUGUUGAAGGAUUAUCGAAGGCAAUGCGGUGGGUAAAGACUACUUGGAUGUCAUGGGCCAUCCGAACUGGGUCAGCGGAUUUGACAACUGCGAUCUACCAGUGCCUGUUGGAGGAACACCGCAAGUCUUUGUUUGGACACUGGCACGUCCUGGCGGACAUCGACGCGUCAUCGAUUGCUCUGGCCGGGGAUGCGUGGGAUGCUGUCACGAAGAUGUCAGGUCAGUUUGGCUUUGAUCCGCUCUCUUGGCUGAUGGCGGUUGGUAGCCUCUCCAAAAAAAUGCCACAGGCUCUUGUGACAGCCGCACUCGAGCAUGGAUCCAACAC